UACUGAACUAGAUCAGAUUUGUACCUAUAAAUUUCCUCCAGUUAGUCGUGAUGCGCGUGGGCUGCUGCAUUUGGGUUUUGAGUGUGGGUGUGGUGCUGUUGUGGGCGGCAAGUCGGGGAGAUGGCCACGGGCGGCUGAUGGAGCCAGUAGGUCGAUCGUCCGCCUGGAGGAAGGGCUUCGACACUCCAGUCAACUACAAUGACAACGAGCUGUUUUGUGGCGGCUUUGGUGUACAGUGGAACCAGAACGACGGCAAGUGUGGGGUGUGUGGCGACAAUUGGGCCGACCCCCAGCCCAGGGACAACGAGGCUGGUGGAACAUAUGGCAAAGGUGUCAUCGUUGCCAACUACACCAGGGGGCAGGAACUGGAGAUUCAGGUAGAUCUCACCACUAACCACUUGGGUUUCUUCGAAUUCAGUCUGUGUGUCAACAACGACGUCACCAAGAUCAUCAAACAGGAGUGUCUGGACGAGCACCUCCUUGAGCACGCUGACGGCUCCGGCACCAAAUAUUACAUUUACAAAGAUGACCCUGAGUGGCACAGCACCGUCGUGAAGUUGCCAGAUGAUGUGGUGUGCACCCAGUGUGUUCUUCAGUGGCACUACCAUACAGGUAAUACAUGGGGCGACUGUGGUAACGGCACGGAGGACAUGGGCUGCGGACCUCAGGAGACUUUCCGUGGCUGCGCUGACAUAGGCAUCUACUAAAUGUUCCUGCAGCUACUUUUGCUGCUGCUUGGACAACAUACUUGAACUUCAAGCAACUUUUCCUCAUUUCUGAUCCUUCUAGGUGAACUCCUGCCUACUUUUCUGAUUAUCUGAGCUUUGCUGUCGUCAAUGGUGGCCGGAAGAACUGCUUUCUUAAAACAUUGUAUAAGAAUAAUAAAUGAUACCUCCUGUG